CCUCGUUAUGAAAUAAAAUAUUUAUUACUACUAAAAACUAGAUAAUCGAAAAAGAGCCCCCCCAAAAAAUUAGAAAAUCAAUGUCUUCGAAUAAAUAUGUACUUACUUAAAAUUUCUAUUUUCGCAGACCUUUAAAAAGAAAAAAAAAAGAAAAAAAGAACCAUUAAGCCCCAAAUUGAACUUUUUUUAAACCCCAACCCCGAAAUUAAUUCGACUCGCACCUUACUUUUUUUUUUUUUCCUCUUCUCGAUCGUCUCCUUUUCCUUUUAUCAUCUCUCUCGGUGUCAUACGCUCGUGUCAAUUUCCCUUCGCACGUGCAAUUCAGGCGGUGUUUCGCUGACUCCUUGCGUUUUCCUGUUUUAUUUCCCGAUCGUCGUGUCAUCGCGAUUCUCGGUCUUACCAUCGGAAUUCUCGAAGCUCCGAUCGUAGUUGCUCUUACUUCUGCGUUCAAUUUGCAUUUUUUCUCAGGGUACAUUAAAUACAGAAAUGCCAUAAAAGUGAUGUAUUUGAAGUGACAAUUUAAGGAGGGAAAAAAAGAAGGAAGCAUGAGUGGUGGUGGAUGUUGUGAUUGUACGGCGAGAGUGUGGAAUAAGUUAUGCUGGUUUUUCUAGUUGUGGUAGUUACUAAGACAAGGCGAAAACGAAGAAGGAAUAAGGACAGAAAUGGAUGUGCAGGCACAUAUGUCAGGACAGAUAUCAGGACAGGUGCCUAAUCAAGGGGGAUUGGCCCAGCAAAAUGGGAACCCUCUUCAGCCUGCCCAGAUGCAGAAUUUAGGCGUUGCUGGAGGUGUGACUGCUGGUCGCAUUGUUGGCGCUGGAGGUCCUCUGCAUAAUACAAUGAAUAUGGACCCUGACCUCAUCAGAACACGUGAAUAUAUGCAAGGGAAGAUCAUUGAGGUUUUGAAAUUGCGGCACCAGCAUCCUAUUACUGAUGCAUCAAUGAUCAAGUUUCAAGAUUUUGUAAGACGGUUGGAAGAAGGCCUAUUUAGGAUCGCUCAUACAAAGGAGGACUAUACAAAUUUGAGUACUUUAGAGCACCGUUUACAGACUCUAAUAAAGGGGAGCAGAAAUGUGCACAACCAAAGACAUGCGCAGCUUGUUAAUUCGGCAUCAGCAUCGGUUGGUACAAUGAUACCGACCCCUGGUAUGUCACACAGUGGCAGUCCUAGCAUCAUGGUUACAUCUUCCAUAGAUACAUCUAUGAAUGCUGCCAGUGCAAGCAUUGCUGCUACAAAUGUCAAUACAGGAAGCCUGUUGCCUACUGGUGGAAUGACUAGUGGUUCCUUUGGUAGAUCUGAAGGAAAUAUGUCUAAUGGGUAUCAACAGUCACCUACAAAUUUUCCUAUUGCUUCUGGUGGAAUGUCAUCAAUUGGUGUGCAAAGAAUGACAAGCCAAAUGAUUCCCACUCCUGGAUAUAAUAGUAAUAACAAUAAUAGUAGCAUUAAUAGUCAGUCUUCCCAUAAUGUUGGUGAUCUUUCAACCGUUGAAUCAACGAUGGUCUCGCAGCCACAGCAGCAAAAGCAACAUGUUGGUGGUCAAAACAGUCGUAUUUUGCACACCCUUGGCAGCCAAAUGGGUAGCGGCAUCAGGUCUGGCUUGCAGCAGAAAACUUUUGGGUUUCCUAAUGGAUCCCUAAAUGGUGCAUUGGGGAUGCUGGGCAACAAUAUGCAAAUUGUUAAUGAACCUGGGACUUCUGGGGGUUAUCAGACUAACACCUCUUUUGCUAAUUCACCAAAACCUUUGCAACAACACUUUGACCAACAUCAGCGACCCCUAAUGCAAGGCGAUGGAUAUGGAAUGAACAGUUCCGAUUCUUUUGGGUCUGGAAACUUGUAUGGUGCUGUAACAUCUGUUGGAUCAGUGACAAACUCUCAGAAUUUGAAUCCUGUUAAUUUGCAGUCUAUGUCCAGAACAAAUUCUUCUUUGAUAAGUAAUCAGUCAAAUUUACAUGAUGUGCAAUCAGCUGCCCAUAUGAAGCCCCGUUCGUUCGAUCUAUUUGAAAAGAUGAAUUUCCAACCUGCCAUUUCUUUGAGAGACGAUGUCCUUCAAGUUAAUCAACAGCAACAAUUUCAGCAGCAGCCCCUUCAGUUCCAACAACAGCAGUUUUUGCAACAGCAAUGCCAUCAGAAGCAGCAAAAUCAGCAACAACAAACUCUGCUGAGCAAUAGUGGUUAUAGUCGGUCUCAGCUGGCAUCUGAUUGCAGUCUAGUGAAGUGUGAACCUGGAGUGGAACACCAUGCCGAGGUUCCACAUCAACAAGUUCCUGAACAAUUUCAGCUGCCUGAAUUGCAGAAUCAAUUCCAGCAGAACCAUGCGGAAGAGCUCUCUAGUCAGUUGGGUAUGUGUUCAUCGCUGCCUCAAAAGUCUAAGCAAAUGCAACAGAUGUUGCAUCAACACCAAUUGAUUCCAGAGUCUCAAAAUGAUUAUAAACUUUCGGCUGGAGUGCAGUUGGAAUCAGUUGGGCAGAGCCAGUGGCACCCUCACUCACAAGAUCGGGCUCAAAUGCCAGGGAACAUGUCACAUGAGCAGCAUAUCCAAGAGGAUUUCCACCAGAGAAUAACCAGGCAGGAUGAAGCUCAAUGUAACAAUUUGUCUGCAGAUGCAUCCACUAUCAGUCCAAUGGUUGUUCCUAGAAGCUCAUCAGAUACUUCAAAUUCGAGGGGUGCCAUCAAUAGAUCUGGAAAUGGGAGCCAUGACCGGCAGUUCAGAAAUCAAGUGAGGUGGCUUUUGUUUCUGCGCCAUGCUCGUAAUUGUAAAGCACCUGAGGGUAAGUGUGAUAGCUAUUGUUUUACUGUACGAAAGUUGUGGAGUCAUAUGGAUAAAUGUGAAUCAUCUCAAUGCUCAUAUCCUCGAUGCCAUCACUCCAAGAUAUUGAUUCGUCAUCACAAGACUUGUGCAAAUCAAACAUGCCCUGUUUGUGUUCCUGCUAAAAAUUAUGUGAAGGCUCAGAAGGCACGUGCCUGUCUAAACACUGCUUCUGUUUUGCCAUCCUCGGAUAGUGGAUCUAAUAAAACAUAUGAUGCUGGAGACAUUUCAGCUAGAAUGACUUCUACAACUGCAUUGAUUGAUACUUCUGUAGACAUACAGCCUUCACUAAAACGCAUGAAGAUAGAGCAGUCUUCUCGGUCUGUUAUUGCUGAAAGUGAAGGUCCUGUAGUAUCAGGUUCUGUUGUUGCUGAACCUUAUAUAUCUCAGGAUAUCCAGUGCCAAGAUUACCAACACGUUGACAGGCGUAUGCCAGUUAAAUCUGAGCCUAUGGAAGUGAAGACCGAAGUCCCCAAGAGUGCUGCUAAAGAUAGUCCUGUUAUUAUUGAGAUGAAGGAUGCUGUAGAGGACAUUAGCAAUCAGAAUACUGAUGGUGGGCCUAUUACAUGUGAUCAAUUUGGUGGUCUACCUAAGCAAGAAAAUGCUACGAUUGAAAAGGAGCCUGACUCAGUUAAACAAGAAAAUGUGACACAGUCUUCCGAAAGUGCAGCUGGAACUAAGUCUGGGAAACCAAAAAUAAAGGGGGUGUCACUGACCGAACUGUUCACCCCUGAGCAAGUUAGGGAGCAUAUUACAGGUCUAAGGCAAUGGGUUGGCCAGAGUAAAGCAAAGGCUGAAAAGAAUCAAGCAAUGGAGCACUCAAUGAGUGAGAACUCAUGUCAGUUAUGUGCAGUUGAGAAACUUCCUUUUGAACCACCACCUAUUUAUUGCAGUUCAUGUGGUGCUCGCAUUAAGCGAAAUGCAAUGUACUAUACAAUGGGAGCUGGUGAUACACGACAUUACUUUUGUAUUCCAUGCCAUAAUGAGGCUCGUGGAGAUAUCAUUGUUGCCGAUGGAACUGCCAUUCCUAAGGCAAGGCUUGAGAAGAAGAAGAAUGAUGAAGAGACUGAAGAAUGGUGGGUUCAAUGUGACAAGUGUGAGGCUUGGCAGCAUCAAAUUUGUGCUUUAUUCAAUGGUAGAAGGAAUGACGGUGGGCAAGCUGAAUAUACAUGCCCCAAUUGCUAUAUCGCUGAGGUUGAAAGAGGAGAGCGCAAGCCCUUACCCCAGAGUGCUGUCCUUGGGGCCAAAGAUUUGCCAAGAACAAUCCUUAGUGACCACAUGGAGCAGCGAUUAUUUAGGAGACUGAAACAGGAAAGACUAGAAAGGGCAAGGGUUCAGGGAAAAAGUUAUGAUGAGGUUCCUGGGGCUGAGGCACUUGCUAUCAGAGUUGUUUCAUCAGUUGACAAAAAGCUGGAAGUCAAACAGCAGUUUCUUGAAAUCUUUCAAGAAGAGAAUUAUCCACCUGAAUUUCCCUAUAAAUCAAAGGUAAUUUUAUUGUUUCAGAAGAUAGAAGGAGUAGAAGUCUGCUUGUUUGGUAUGUAUGUUCAAGAAUUUGGAUCAGAAUGUGCAUUCCCAAAUCAGCGCCGUGUUUAUCUGUCAUACCUAGAUUCAGUCAAGUAUUUCCGACCUGAGGUUAAAGCAGUUACUGGGGAGGCUCUCCGUACAUUUGUUUACCAUGAAAUUCUUAUUGGAUACCUUGAAUAUUGUAAGAAGCGUGGUUUUACAAGUUGCUACAUUUGGGCUUGCCCUCCUCUUAAGGGUGAAGAUUAUAUCUUAUAUUGUCAUCCAGAAAUUCAGAAAACACCUAAAUCAGAUAAACUACGAGAGUGGUAUUUAGCAAUGUUAAGGAAAGCUUCCAAGGAAAACGUUGUAGUUGAUCUUACUAAUUUAUAUGAUCAUUUCUUUGUAACUACUGGUGAAUGUAAGGCCAAGGUAACAGCAGCUAGGCUGCCAUAUUUUGAUGGUGAUUACUGGCCGGGGGCUGCUGAAGAUCUAAUUAAUCAGCUUCGUCAAGAAGAAGAUGGCAGAAAGCUGAAUAAAAAAGGAACAACCAAAAAGACUAUAACAAAAAGGGCUUUAAAAGCAUCGGGUCAGUCUGAUCUCUCUGCUAAUGCAUCAAAGGAUCUGCUACUGAUGCAUAAACUUGGUGAGACCAUUUGCCCAAUGAAGGAGGAUUUUAUCAUGGUUCACUUGCAACAUUGUUGCAGUCAUUGUUGUAUUCUAAUGGUAUCCGGAAACCGCUGGGUCUGCAACCAGUGCAAGAACUUUCAGAUUUGUGAUAAGUGCUAUGAAACAGAGCAGAAACGUGAAGAAAGAGAGAGACAUCCCAUCAAUCAGAGGGACAAACAUGUUCUUUAUCCGGUUGAAAUAACUGAUGUACCUACUGAUACAAAGGAUAAAGAUGAAAUUCUUGAGAGUGAAUUCUUUGAUACUAGGCAGGCAUUUUUGAGUCUUUGUCAAGGGAAUCAUUAUCAGUAUGAUACCCUAAGGCGGGCUAAACAUUCCUCAAUGAUGGUCCUCUACCAUCUUCACAAUCCAACUGCUCCUGCAUUUGUCACUACCUGUUACAAAUGUCAUCUGGACAUUGAAACUGGUCAAGGUUGGCGCUGUGAAGUUUGCCCUGAUUAUGAUGUGUGCAAUGCCUGUUACCAAAAGGAUGGGGGAAUUGAUCAUCCUCAUAAGUUAACAAAUCAUCCAUCCACAGCAGAACGUGAUGCACAGAAUAAAGAGGCUAGGCAACUUCGGGUCCUACAGCUGAGGAAAAUGCUUGACCUUUUGGUGCAUGCAUCACAAUGUCGUUCUGCUCAUUGUCAAUACCCAAAUUGUCGGAAAGUGAAGGGGCUUUUCCGGCAUGGAAUACAAUGCAAAACACGUGCUUCUGGUGGCUGUUUACUUUGCAAGAAAAUGUGGUAUCUGCUGCAACUUCAUGCACGAGCAUGCAAAGAAUCCGAAUGCCAUGUACCGCGUUGCAGAGAUCUUAAGGAACAUUUGAGGAGGCUUCAACAGCAGUCUGAUUCGCGACGAAGGGCUGCUGUGAUGGAGAUGAUGAGACAGAGAGCUGCAGAGGUUGCUGGUAAUUCUGGGUAAAAACCAAAUUGUUAAUAUAUAUUUGGAUGUUUUGAUGAAAAAAGCUCCCUUCUACAUAGGGAGAUAGAAAAUAGUUUUUUUUCUGCUCCAUUGGUUCACUGGUUGGAGCUAAGCAAUGAUGGAGAAAACCGGCGCAUCUAGAAGUUCAGAAGGGGAUAGUCAUACAAUACUACGAAGAGAUUGAUUCGUGAUUGCUUGUUAGGGAACAAUUCUUUCGUUCAUAAACCCGUGACUAAAUUCCCUGCAAAGAAAGCUAAUGAAGUUUUACGAGAUCUGCCUGCAACAGUCACAAACAAUGCGCCUCUCGGAGUUCAAGUACUGAUGUGUGUCAGUGGCCUGAUUUGAUGAUUCUUUAAAUUUUUAUCUUGUAUUCCGUGGAAUGCCAUCCCUUUGGUGGUGAGUGUACUAUAAUUAUUCUAAUCUGUCUAAAUUGCUCUCUUAUAGAGGAAUGUGGGAGGGAGGUUUGUUUAAAAAUCUUUUGGUUUUGUCUAUCUCCUCCACUUCUUUUUUUUGGUUUUCCCCUUCGAACAUUGACCCCCCUUUUUGUAGAAUGGUUUCUAAUUUAAGGAUGGAAAAAUAAGUAAGCAUUAGAGAAUAGCAGCUAUUCAUUUUUACUCAAUACUCUAAAAUUAUGUUUAUAUAGUUCAAGGAAGGUCUAUUUAAUUCUUACUCUUACUAA